AUGGAGGAAGAGGUUUGGUCUCUAAUCCACAACAACAUGUGGAUUCUCAUACUGCAGCCAAGCCACAAGCACAUUGUCAAGGGCAAGUUUGUCUUCAAGCUCAAGGGGGAAGAAAUCACCAUCAUUACCAUCCAUGUCAAUGACUGCACCAUCACCACAAGCAAGCCUCUACUGCAAGCAGCCAAGGAUGUGCUCACUGCCAAGUUUGACAUGCAGGACCUCAGCAAAGCAAAGUCAGUUCUCUGA